GUGACUUUUGCGACUUUCCAAAACGGCAUCCUGUUGCUUCCCAGACAGACCCUCCUCUAUAUAUAUUCAUAACAACGUCCUCCUCUCGCAGUCACUCCGGACACCUCCGUGGGAAUAGGUGGCAUGGUAUUGCGGAACUCAAGAGUGCUCUGGGCUGGGGUUCAGCUACCGCGGCGUUCACCAUGUUCGGCGUUCUUUGCACCUCGCCCUUGUGCUGUCAUUCGGACGAUAUGCACCACUUUCCCGUUGCUUGAACAACAAAACCCCACCCAGACCGAUGCAGGCGACAUUCCACUGGUGCGCGAACAACAAACCACGUCUCAACCCGAUGCAGUCGAAAAAGAACUAUCGCGCGAACAACAAACCCCCAUCCUGCCCGACGCAGUCGAAAGCCCACUGUUGCGCGAACGACAAACCGCCAACCAGCACCAUGCAGUCGAAAACCCUUUCUCCGCAACAACACCGGACUCAGUCGCCGAUAGAUUUGGACGUCGUCCCAGAUCCAACUUUACACUGGAACAAGACAAAAAGCUGCUCAAGCUCGUAGCAGCGCAGCAGGAACUUAUGAAAGAAAAAGAGGAAGACAAGAAAAGGAGAACCAUUGACUGGCAAGCCAUAGCCAUACACUUUCCCGGCCGAAAAAGGUCAGAUCUAAACCAACGAUACACCCAGAUCGUGCCGGGGCUUGUGACCGGGUACUGGUCGCCCCGCGAAGACCAGGUUUUGCUUGAAGAGUUGGCCAAAAAACUGGACAGCCCGUUCGCGCGGGCGGCUAGGCGCUUGAACAGAUUCAUCGGCUCGGUCUCGGGUCGGUUCGCGCGGCGGUGGAGGGCCGAGCUGGUAGAACGGCUGGAGCAGCUGGGAAAGACGGACCCCCGCGCCGUAUCGACCGAAGUGUUCCGCAACAUGGCGUUCAGAAAGAUCGCUGGGGAAAUCGCGCAAGAGUUACGGAAUGAGAAGCGGACAUGGCUCCGAAAGGUGCCCAAAUCGGAAUGGACACCUGAAGAGGACCAGAAACUCAUCUCCUACCAUGACCAAAUGGGCCCGCAGUGGUCCCUCUUCACGAGCGAGUUCCCCGGUCGGACCAAAUGGCAAAUUUCGUACCAUUUCUACCACCGUCUCAACAAAAAUUUUGGCAAGCCCGGCUCGCUCACGAAGGAAGAGAUGCAACUGGUCCAGAGCGGGGUCAAGAAGUACUCGGCAACAGGCAAAAAAUGGGUCAAGAUCGCCGAAACGAUGGUGGACCGCACACCCAAGCAGCUCGCGGAGCAGUGGGCCCUUCACAACCCGGAGCUAAGGAAAGGCAAAUGGAGUAGGGCCGAGGAACGAACCUUGAAGGCCGCUAUGAGAGAGUACGGCGACAAAUCACGCCUCAUCCAUCGCCAGUACUUCCCGCACAGAGCCACAGAAGCGGUUCGUCUUCGGAUAAGGCAGUUCCUGGCCCAUAACAUCGAGAACCCGAAUCCGUGGACGACGGAGGCUGAUAAGCGGUUGCUGGAUCUUGUUCAGAACGAAGGAGUGGGCUAUGAAAAGUUGAGGAAGGCGUUUCCGAAGAGAAACCCGCACGAAUGUGAACUUCGGUAUGACCUAUUGGCGGGGAAAGUACGCAAGCGGAAGUACGUUACAGAACGAGAUAGGCUGCGGAAGAGGAGAUCGACGGCGCCAGUGGAGGAGACGAAGCCGGAAAAGGAAGGGGCAAAGGAAACGGUGGUCGCGGUAUGAUGUCGUCCCGUGCCCCGAUAUGUCUCAUGCUCCUCGACGCCGACGCAUCUGUAUCCAACUCCGAUGGAUGCUUGAGGCAGCAAAAGGGCUCAACACACACAUUUAGGUAGCACAUGCGCCCAAACCUGGAAUACCAUGCCUUCCAUCCCAUGCGCUCGACACCUGCUGCUUAGCUUUAACAGUACCACAAUGCGCCAUCGGCUGCGUCUUUAAGUGGGGGCAGGAAGAGGACAUGACGUUUCGCUAAACCUCAAGAUUCGGUGCGGUCGGUACGGUUUCAUGACGCAUGAUUGAGGAGCUGGGGAAGGCAUCUCGGCCACUGCUUCUGAGCGAGCGGAU